GUUUUUGUGGGCAUUCUAGUUAUUACCUAGAAUGUACGGUUUAAAUCCAUAAUCUAACCUAACUAAUCCCUUCAGGAUUAAUAAACAAUUAGAUAAAACUGAGAUUUGAUUUAUUUGCCUUAAAGUUGAUUUACCUGUCGGACCUAUUUUAAACUUUCAAGGUUACGCCACUGGGAACGACAAAAAAAUACACUAAUUUAAACAAUCACAAUCACGUGAUUGAGAUUUUCAUUCAAAUGGCACUGUUGUGAUCUAUCCAGACCACAUUUGAACAUCGAAAGUGGUUUACCCUUGGUCUCUGUCACCCUGCCAUUGUUUUUCGUGUCUUGUUUCGCCGACUGAUUGUUAAAAAUGAGAGACAUCAUCAAUAUUGAAAAUCUUCCCAAAGGAGAUUUCGCAGAAGUCAAAGAAGUCGAAAUACCAGUACCAUGGGGAUACAUUUGUGGAAAAUGGUGGGGUCCUAAGAACUUACAACCGAUCAUUGGUAUCCACGGUUGGCAGGACAACAGCGGCUCUUUCGAUAAAUUAGCACCGUACCUCGUAGAUUACGGUUUUUCAUUUCUAUGCAUCGAUUUACCAGGACACGGAUUUUCCUCGCAUUUUCCCAAAGGGGUCGUAUAUAAUCAUUCCUUCGACGGGGUGUACUGCGUCCGUAGAAUCGUCAAAUAUUUCGGCUGGGAAAAAAUCAUUCUAAUAGGUCACUCUUUAGGUGGAAGUAUCACCUUUCUGUACGCCUCCAUUUUCCCUAAUGACGUAGCUAAGUUUAUCAGUCUGGACAACUGCGGACCGAGAGUGAGAAAUCCCCAAACAUUGUUGCCGGUGGCUUGUUACAACAUGGACCAACUGUUCGAAUACGAAAACAAUAAAUUUUAUGAUCUCUGCUACGGUUACGAGGAAAUGUUGGAUAUUAUGAUGGAAGGACAUAACGGAUCUCUAGAUAGAGAAGCCUGCGAAAUUUUGAUGAAAAGAGGCAUGAAGCCUUCGCCCGAUAAACAAAACUGCUACGUAUUUACUAGAGAUCCUAGAUUGAAAAUCGUGGCUUUUCCAUUCUUUUCCAUGGACGAAAUUCGUGAUUUCGCGUCCAGAAUCACCUGCGAAGUUUUGAAUAUUAGAGCCGAUCAAGGUACCCAAUUAGAACAACCCGAACAUUACGAUUUGAUAGUUGACGCUAUAGAACGAUCCGCGAAAAGAGUAGAAAGAGUUUAUCUCAAAGGAAAACACCACAUACAUUUAACUGAUGUGGAAACGGUCGCCCCCAUCGUUCUAAAUUUCUUAUUAUCCACUUCGGAAGUAGCUAAAACACAUAAUUUAUGAAGAUGCACGCACGCACGCGCGCGCGCGCGUUCGUACGUUUUGUCUUUGUUUACAACACUAACCUAACCUCACCUAACAUCGUGACAAUCUUUUGUCUUGCACUCGCACUGGUAUAAGAAUCGUCCAUCAAAACAUGGCAGCCUGUCCUUGCGGUCGAAGAUUAAAUAUGAAAUUUCAAUUUUGAUUCGGAUGAUUAUGAGCUGGUUUUUUUUUUUUUGGAAUAACGUAAAUUUAAUGAAGUUUCAUCAGAGAAUAAGUAGCUGCAGAAUGAACUAAUGGAAUUUAAGACUUUUUAAUGUUAGUUAAAUUAAUAUGUUAUGAGCAAUAUCGAGUACAACAUGUAGACUUUAUAUUUAAUUGAAAUAAUCAUUUUAAUGUGUUGAAAAAACGGAUAGAACUGAAAUUUAAGUCGGUAUUGAUGGCUAUUCUACGAGGAUGUUCCCAAAAGUACCUAGCCCAACAAAAAAAAACAUAACGAUGACUAAUUUCAGUAUUGAUGGCCGCCAAACAAAUACUAAACAACGUGGCGUCUUCAGACUUGAAACAUGAACUUUCUGGUAUUUUUUAAAGCAACUACCGCCAUCUCUAGGUCAGACUACAUACUUCUGGAACCAUCCUCGUAUAGUUCCUCUUUGACCAUUAGGUCUAAUCCAAUUUUUCAUUCACUGGUAAGCGUCUAUUGGUAUAGUCUUCAGUAUCUUAAGUAAAUUACUUUUUAUGGUUUCAAAUGACUGAUGAUAAGUUAUAAGGAGUAAAAUUCGUGAAUUUUCUGCUUUUAAUGACCUUCGGAUCUUCUGGAAGGGAUUCAUUUUAAUCAUUCCCGACCGACUUAUAUUUUUUUCGGUUUCGAAUUAAUUUUGAAGCCAUUCGAUAGAUUGUUAGGCAGUUUCGACGCCAUUUUCAUAAACCUAGGUUUCGUCAUCAGGAAUGCUGAGUUUUAUGAAUGUAAGGGCCUCAGCUAAGUUGUCAAGCAUCUCUAUUAUUAACUUCAUACCCCAAAAUGUGUUGACAGCCUCUAUGCUAUCUCUCGGAUGAUUUUGGAAUACCAACUUUUUUAUUUUUUAGUCGUUAACACGUUUCGAAGGUUCUCAAGGUCUUAAAAUCGGAAUUAAUCGAUUUGGAUUAACUCCAUAUUUAGAAUUAAGUGAAUUAAUCGGUUCUUUAAUGAAUAAAUCUGAAGCAAUCGAAAAUAAUCGAUUAUUAUUUUUAAUUCGUUACUUGACGUAAUCGAGGUACGGUCUCGUGAUUUUGCGCAGAUUACGACGCGUUAUUCAUAUAAUAAUCGAUUAUUUUCUGCAGUUUAAACGAAUGUUUUUUAAAGAAGAAUCGAAUAGGAACUUUUUGUGUGUCUUAUUUACACAUUAAUUCGAGGAAAAAAACAUUUUUAUUAUUAUUUUAGUUUGUACUGAUAAAUAGUUUAUUCGUGAUCGCAAAUAAUAGUAUUUUAAAUAUUUAUUCCUUCUAUUAAGAUAGACGCGUUCGAAUUAAUCGAUAUAUUUCGAUAUAUCGAAAUAUGACAACUAAUAUUUAUACUUAAUAUCUUUAUAGACCUCGAUUUAUUUAAUAUUAUACUGUAAUAAUAAACUAUUUUUAAUUAUAAUUUGAAUAUAUGUAGAGAGAAAGUUUAUUUUGUUAAAAUAAAUAUAUUAAAAUAG